CUAGCGCCUUCCUGCCCUUGUUCAAACGCCUCUCACUACUUAUCCUGUUAUUUUACCUCCUGUGCUUCUUUGCGUUGACUUUCUGACCUCUAUAUUAUUUACCUGAUGGCAGAUAACCCUGAAUUCUCGGACGUCGUGGAGCAGAAGACCCAGGAGGUGAUAGGAAGGCUGAUAAAUGAGCAGGACUGGGACGAGGAGGAUAAGACAAGACUUCACAAGGAAUAUAUGAACGAAUUCAGUAAUGUGUUGAGGGAGAUGAUGCCGAUGAUUGAGUCGCUGUAUGCAGGCACCAAACCAACUGUGACAGAAAGCACAGAUGCUGAUGAAGAGGCUCUGGAGGACGCCAAGGUGCGACACGAGGCCACAGUCAUUGCCGUCACCAAGAGGAGGAAGGAAUACCCGCAGUACCUCACCAAGGUCCUCGGCAAAACCAUGAGGCUCAAGAAAAACACAGCGGCUGUGGUGAAGAUAGAUUUGCCAUCAUCCGAGCCCAUGGAAGGCGUGGGAACAGUGAACCUGGAGGACUCGUACUUUGAUACUCUGCUAGGGGAGGCCAACGACAGCCCUCAGGGACUAUCACAUAACAUUCUGACGGACACUGAGCGCUUGGCUGGACUGGCGGAGUUUGCCAAGGUCAGUCUUAAAGCGAAUCCUGUCACUGCCCUUUUGCAGCAGACAGAGGACACAGACAUAUGAGGACACCAACACCCUCAUUAUGCACCCAAUUCACCUGUUCUCCACAUUUAGAUGUAACACACUUUAUCUUGUUGAAAAUUUAUAUGCUUAUUUAAAUGUA